CAAUGAUAGAAAUGUGUUCUGUGUCACAGCCAGUGGUACAAAACAAAUGUCGCUGAUACAUCAAUAUAGGCUCACAGACGUAUCCAAUCAUCCUACACCGAAGCCAGCUGGGAUGGGCUCGCCUUACGGGCGCGCAAUGGACGCAGUUACAGAAUCCAAAUCUCUGACAAGGCGGUCGUACCGCACCUGCAGCUCUGCACGACGUCAGCACCGUCUCGUGCCCAUCAACACGAGUGACCUACCUUCAUGUACCGUCGUCACGUCCGACAGCGUGCUCUGCAGCUCCCGGAUCGCUUCGUUAUGCGCUGUGAACGCUGCCCUCAGCAUGCGACGACCCAAAGCAGACGAGCGACGACGUACACUGGACCACCUGGUUCAGUCGCUCCUGCUCCUUGGCCCUCACGGAAACCUCCAUCA